CAAAAACCUAUGCAGCGUAAGGGGCAGGGCUGGGCCGCAACGGCUGAAGACGUGAUUUAGGAGGAUCUUCUUCUUCACCUCUCGCGAGCAGAAAGAUUCAUCAGAUACUGUGUUUCUAUCUCCCUCCAUCUGUCUGCCUCUCUUCUCCACGCACAGACACAGUUUUAGAGAGAGAAAGAGAGAGAUUUGGAUAUGGAUAGAGAAUAAUGGCGAACCCCAUUAAAAACGAAGGGUGCCUGAAUCGAAUCGAAUCGAAAAGGGUGAGACAGAGAGACAAAUAUGAGAGAAACCCAAAAAGGAUCACGAAAUAUCUGUGACUGACUGACUGACUGACUGACCUUCCUUCCCUCCCCCUUGAUGAUAUCAAUGACCUCUCUCUCUCUCUCUCUCUCUCUCUCUCUCUCUCUAAGAAGCUGGUGUUUUGUCUUACCUUUUUCACCUCAAAUUCCAGAGACAGAACCCCACCCACCAAAAUUCAAUUCCCCUGUUUCUCCUCAGCCUUUUGUAUAAAUGGCGGAUUCCAUUCAUACAUCUCUUGUGAGCAUGCAAUUCUUGUUCUCCUCUUCUUCUUCUUCGUCUUCUUCUUCUCUUCUCCGUUAAUUCAAUAUCUCCCUCCCCCCAUUAUUAACUACCCAUCUCUGUCAGAGAAUCCUAUACUCUGUCCCCUCCGCAUUCAAUUCCAUUUCAACCCCACCCAUUUCGUAUUCUGUCUAUAUAACACCAAGCAGACACCUCCCCCUCACUGCCUCCUACGUCUCCGUCUCUCACAUUUCAACAACAAAAGGGUCGUUUGAUUUGGUUCCUCGGACAUGAACCUUGGAGGGAGCUUCGAUGGUUCUUCUUCUUCCUCUUGCUCGUCGAGGUUGAACUCAAAGUCCGAGCACGGAGGAGACUCCCGGCCCCAUAUUCUGGCCGUGGACGACAACCUCCUCGACCGCAAGCUCAUCGAGAAGCUCCUCCUCAACUCCUCCUGCAAAGUGACGACGGCAGAGAAUGGGCUCAGAGCAUUGGAGUUGCUGGGCUUGAGGGAUGACCAGCCCAACUGUUCGGCAACGGGUUCAAAGGUAAAUAUGAUCAUCACGGAUUAUUGCAUGCCCGGAAUGACAGGUUACGAGCUCCUAAAAAAGAUCAAGGGUUCAUCGAUUCUAAAGGAGGUUCCAGUUGUAAUCAUGUCAUCCGAGAACGUCCCAACUCGUAUCAACAAGUGUUUGGAGGAGGGAGCUCAGAUGUUCAUACUGAAGCCUCUGAAGCAGUCGGAUGUGAAGAAGCUGAGAUGCCUCAUCUACUGAACUUUAGAGGCUUAAAAGGGCCAAGAUCUCCACAGUCCGAGAUGAAAAAAACUUGAAGUUGUUAGUUAACCUUGAAAAUGAGGUGAAUUUAAUGCAAAUAACAAGAUCCUGUCUAGAUGUGAAUGAAUCUUCUAACAUAUGAAAAUGUGAAGGUUUUCGCUUCCCUGCAGGAAAAUCUCUCUCUUUCUCUCUUUGUUUUUUUUUUUUUUCCCUUUCUCUGUUGGGGGUAUUGUCAUCUAUCUACUUUGUUAAUGUACAUAUUGCUCAAGCAGCUA